AUGGACAUGGGGCAUAUGCACAAUGAUGAUCCGGGCUUGGGAAUGGAUAUCAACUACACCUUUGCCCGUGAUUUUUGGUACGUGUUGGCAGGCGUGAUUGGCUUCCUGGCUGUCAUCCGAGGCAUUGAGAUUUACAGUGGGAAACAGAGAAUAAAAGCAUGCGAAACGAUUUCGAUUGAAGUGGCCACCAGACCAGACAGCUACAUUGCCCAGCUGUGGGCCACCGCGACGGCAAUCGUCCGCGAAAUAAGCCAUCCCCAGUUCUACGUCUCCAAGCCUGGCUUUCGAUGGGCUACUCCACCACCUCUUGGAAGAAUAAUAGUCUUGCUGUCGUAUUGGGCCAUGAUUGCCUACUUCAUGACAUGGAACGCAGUCAAAGACGACGCGUAUUAUUGGGAACGCAUUGGAUACCGCAACGCGUGGGUCAGCAUCAUGCAGCUUCCCUUGGUCUUUCUGCUGUCCAUGAAGUUCAACAUGAUCGGUUUCCUCAUUGGAAGCAGUCAUGAACGGCUGAACUGGUUGCAUAGAUGGGUCAGUCGAACCAUGUUCAUAACGGCGACCGUCCAUGGAUGGCACUUUUGGACGGAAUGGGUGCGAGCAGACUUUGUUCAAUACGAGCUUCAAAUGAUGCCUUUGGUAAAGUACGGCCUGGGCGCAUGGGGCGUGCUGCUUUUCAACGUAAUCGUGGGUUUGGUGCCCAUUCGUAGAAUGGUGUACGAAAUCUGGUUGGUUCAGCAUGUACUCUCGUCCGUGGCCAUGCUUGUCCUGCUGACUUACCAUAUCCCUGCCAACGCGAUGUACCUGCUGUGGAUGUCAAUCGGCUUUCUGGCUGCAGACAGGGCGGUAAGAUGGACGCUAACUGGUUGGCACAAUGUGCAAUUCAAGAGGGACACUUCAAGGUGCCAAGGGAUGAAGCGUCUGGGACAUGAAAUCUCAGCACGAGCUGUCGGCGACUCCAUAACUCUACUGACUGUCAAGGACGCCCACUUCAAGUGGCAUGCCGGACAGCACAUUUAUCUCUGGAUCCCUCGGCUGGGACUCAUCGAGUCUCACCCAUAUACGAUUGCCUGUGCCCACCAAGGCUACAGCAAAUCAUGCUGCUGCAACAGCAUACAGCUCAUUAUUCGAGCUCACAGUGGAUUCUCAAAACGCCUUCACAGCUUCGCCGUGAAGAAUCCCACCCGAUAUCUCACUGGGUUUAUCCUAGGUCCCUUUGGAGUAACUACCAACUGGAACGCUUUUGAAACCCUCGUCCUCAUAGGUGCCUCUACGGGAGCCAGUUUCACGCUGCCCAUCCUUGAGGACGUCGCAAACACGUCCCGUGGAACAUGUGUGCGUCGGAUUGAAGCCACGCUUGUGGCCAAGUCCUCAGAGCAGUUGGAUUAUUACGUGGAGAGAGCACGCGAAGCAGCCGGAACAGCGCGAGAGAAGGGCAUUGAGGUAAGACUACACGUCUGUAUCACAGGUGCAUCUUGUAACCGCGACUGCGGCGUACCACUCGUUCAGUUUGGCCACCAUGGUCAAGCCGACGACUCGGAAGAACCGACGUCGACCGAAAAACCAGGGCGCUCGUGCUAUGGAACCGCAAGAAUCACAGACGAUCCUCGAGAAAUGGACUGCAAUCCCCCGUCGUCGAGUAAUUCGCGGGACAGCGGAUGUACAAUUGAGCUAGAGAAGGAGUACAGCAGCAGGCCGGAUAUCGAGACGCUGAUUAGAGAGCCUGUUGCACAGGCGUGGGGAGAAACAGCUGUUGUGGUCUGCGGUGGGAAGGAGAUUGUUGCAAGGACGAGGAACUGCGUAAGCAGGUUGAGUGAUGAGCGGGCAGUGCACAAGGGAACAGGUGCGCAGGGGAUAUAUCUGCACGUGGAGGAGUAUGCAUUCUAG